AUGUCCACCACCACCCCCACCCCCGCCUCAGGCUCCGCCCCAACCCGGCCAAACAUCACGCUCUACACAGACUCGACGCCCAACGGGAUCAAAAUCUCCAUCGCGCUCGAAGAGCUCGGCCUCCCCUACCGGACCGAACACAUCGACAUCUCGACGAACCGGCAAAAGGAGGCGUGGUUCCUUGAAAUCAACCCCAACGGACGCAUCCCCGCGAUGACGGACACAUUUCGCGGCGACGGCCAGCGCAUCCGGCUGUUCGAGGCCGGCGGGAUCCUGCAGUACCUCGUGGACGAGUACGACGCUGACGCGCACAAGAUCAGUUUCCCGCGCGGGACGCGCGAGUACUACGAGAUGGUGAAUUGGACGUUUUGGCAGAAUGCAGGAUUGGGCCCGAUGCAGGGCCAGGCGAAUCAUUUCGUGAGAUACGCCCCCGAAAAGAUCCCCUACGGAAUAACGCGCUACGUCAACGAGACACGCCGACUAUACUCGGUCCUGGACAAACACUUGGCCAACUCGCCCUCGGGCUUCAUCGUGGGCGACCACAUCUCCAUCGCCGACAUCACGACCAUCGGCUGGGUCAUCUGGGCGGGCUGGGCGGGCGUCGACAUCGACGAGUUCCCCCACCUCAAGAAGUGGGAGGAGAUGAUGUCGGCGCGCCCGGCGGUGCGGAGGGGGUGCGACGUCCCCAAACCCCUGAAAAUCAAGGAGCGCAUGAAGGAUAAGGCGGGCAUGGAGGAGUACGCGAGGCAGGCGAGUCAGUGGAUCGUCCAGGGCAUGAAGGAUGACGCGGCGAGGAAGGAGUAG